AUGGCUCCUUGGUUUUUGGUCCUUUUUCCAUUCUUUAUAAUUGUAGAACCUCAAUGCACAGCUGCAAUAAUCAACCAAACUGACUUGCAGGUGGCCAUGGCUGACAUGAGAGCCAAAUCUUAUCAUGGGUUUGUCAUCCUCCUUAAGAUUUUUAAUGGAACCUCCGACUCUCUAUCCAGCACAGGUAUAACUUUCCUCAUGCCAAAUGAUGAGAAGUUAUCUGGAUCUUCGCUUCGUUCAGAUCUUCUCCAUGAAUUCAUUCUAAGCCACUCAAUCCCUACUCCAUUAGUGUACAAUAACAUGCUACAUUUUCCAAAUGGAACUUUGAUACCUUCAAGCUUACCGGGCAGGUUGCUCAACAUAACCAAUAGUGGAAAAUCAGGCAUGUUUCUCAAUAAUGCCAAAAUUGUCACCUCGAAUGUUUGUGUGAAUUCUCUCAUCAAGUGCCAUGGAAUCAGCUCCGAAGUAGCAUUUGACAAUGAUCUUUCUCUUCCUAUAAACUUACUCAACAAUCUCAGCACAACAGAGUCCAAGGUUCCUCUGAAGACAAAUGCUCCUGCAAAAUCUUCUCCGUCUGCUCAUCCGAAGAGAAGAGGACCCAUCCACUGA